AUGAUACAGUUAUAAAUCCAUUAUAAAGUUGAUUUUGGAUAGGCCCUAUAUAUUUCUGGUAAAUCGAAAUAUUUUAGGUAAAUGGAAUUUUGAAAAAGCAAUAAGGAUAAAUUGGACCUGGGUAUAUAUUAAAUUCAUAUUUAGGAAGAUAUUUGGAUAAGUGAUGUAGCUUAUCAUAAUAUGGAAUAUAAACAUUUCAUUUCUAAAUAUGAUAAAGUUUAAAAUAUAUAUUUAGAAUCAGGGUACUACAGAGUUACUAAUAAACAUUCAUUUGAUGUAUGGAACCACAGAAAAAUAUGUUUUCAAUGUUCAAAUUCAAAGAAUUUAUAAAUUUAUAUUGAGAGUUCAAUUAAAAAAUAAACAUGGAAUAUCUUAAUAAAAAUUUCUAAUUAGCAUAGAUGACUCUUAAAUUCAUUAUCAAUAUCAUAAACAGUAGUAAUAUUUAAUUUAGAAUAAUAUUAUAAAGCUGCUCUACUCAUCUUCUAAGAUGGACUUACAAAUCCAAAAAAAAUGGUAUAUUUACUAACUAAAAAUAUUUUUUAUGGUUAUGUUCCAAAUAAAUAUAAUGAUUGUUUAGUUUUAAAGAAAGCUAAUUUAAAAACAAUUAUUGAGUUUUGUAAUAUGAAAGAAUAAAGUACGCUAGAAUAAAAAACAAUAAAUUAAGAAAUUGUACAUUUGAUUGUCGAUCUCUAUUAUUUCAAAUAGGAAAGUUUCACUUAGAGUCUACUUUAACUAAUUCAAUUUUUAAUUCAAAAAUAUUAAGUAAUAUAUAUUAAUAUAUAUUAUUUCUAAUUACUUUAUAUAUCCAACAAAUCUCUAACUCAUCUAAGAAAAUAUUUAUCUGCUUAUGAAAAACUCACUUUUAGUCCAGAGUCAUGA